GCUAAGGUUGCAGGAGAACAAGAGCGAAAAUGGUUGAUUGUAAAUAUCCAGGACAGUAAGGAAUUUAAAUGUCAACAGUUGAACAGAGAUGUUUGGAGUAACGAAGCUGUUAGGAAUAUUAUGGCUGAGCAUUUUAUUCUCUGGCAGGUAACAUAUAGCAUAUAGUUAUCAUUAACAGAUCAUUCGUUAACUGUAGCUUUACAUGCAACAGGGAUUAAAAAAUGCUUCGGAAAUGUAUUGUCGUAAGCUAAGGUCGUAAGCUCUAUAACUAUAGUGUAAGUGGGAGAACCAGUGUUGCAAAUACUCAUAACUUCUGAUAUGGUAAGCACAUAGAAGUAACGGAAAUUAUUUUCUUCAAAAAUAUGUGUGUAGUAUAGUGUAUUUGCAUUUUGAUGUCAGACUUAUAGAUUGUUCCUUAGUAUAUUUGAAUAAAUGCACUGCAACAAAUUGUGUAUGCGCUAUCGUUUGUAGGAUAAUGCAGUUUUAUACAACCUUCUCUGAUUUAGCUGUAGAUGAACAGUACGGUGCAAGCUUUUGCAAACAUUAAUAUUCUGUUAUAGGUAUACCACGAUAGUGAUGAUGGCGACAGAUACAUUCAAUUUUAUCACGUUACAAAAUUUCCUCACCUGGCAGUUCUUGAUCCUAGAACAGGUAUAAAAUAACCAAAUAGUGAUUGGCUUAUUUUUAAUUUAUUAACUUUGCCUAUAGUCAAGUUAUCUAUAAGCAGUAGCUAUUUGGGCCACAGGCAACCUGCAGGCGUUUGAGGUGAGACCCCUAGUGGAAUAAUUUAUUUACAUUAAUUCCAAUUCAGAAAAUUACAUGUUCCAAGAGAAUUGUAGUAGACAGACUUGCAGGCGGACGGACGGACGGACGGACGGACGGACAGAUCGCUAGACAGACAGACAAGCAAACAAUCAGACAGAUAGGUAGACAGACACAUAGAUGAGUAGAUGGAAAGGUGGACAGCUGGAAAGAUGGACAGACAGGCAUAGAUAGAUAGACAAACAGACAUGCAGUUAAGAAGACUGAGACACAGAUAUUCAGACACAGUGAUACGUGGUACAGAUACACAGAGAUGCUGACAAACAGACCUACAGACUGAGAGAAAAUGGAGAGAUAAACAGAGACACAGUGCAUUGAUACAGAUACACAGACAGAUAGACAUACUGACAGACAAACAGAUAAAGCUAUCCGAAAAGCAUCUCGAUUGUCGCUCUACUCACGCAGUACUUCAUAUAGAACCCAGUGUACGUUUUUGUACGGAGAAAAUCGUAUCGUGGAAGUGAAGUUGUCCGUAAAUAUGAUUUUAUUUCCACAGGAGAGAAGUUAGUAGAAUGGGAAACUGUUGAUGCACUGUCCUUCUGUGAAGUAGGUCAGUGUUUAUGUCAUACCAAUAACGAUGUAAACCAAUUUCACUAAAGAUAAAUAACAAAGUAAAAUACAUUGCAAUAUAAUACAGGAUUGUACAGUAUAGUGCAUAUUAGAGGUGUGCAAAUCCGAUCGGAUUCGUUCGGAUUUCGGAACAAAAAUAUACAUUUCGGAUCGGAUUGAUAAAGUUGUUUCGUAGUCGGAUCGGACUUCGAUAUUCGAAAUAAAAUGAAUUAAUUACCCACGUAUUAUUGCAAGAAUUAAUUAUCCAUGCAUUUAUCAAAGCAUUAUCGCGGUUGUCGCUGCAUUUUUCGUUUGAUACUUCAAUUGGACGUCACUUUGUCAGCUUCUUGACAUGUAUUUCUUGCUUUUAUAUUUAUUUGGUUAAACAUUUCAACUGGAAUGAGAAAUUUAUUUUGUUAAAGGAUUCAUCGGAUCGGAUUGGAAUUCUUUAUCACAACUCGGAUCGGAUUCGGAUUAGACAAUUUCGGAUCGGAUCGGAUUUUAAACAUUAGCCAAUUUUCGGAUUAUAAACGUCCGAUCCGAUGCACAUCUCUAUUGCGUAUAGACGUGCUCCAAGUCUGCCUCUCAAGGAGGUUAUUAUUUGGGAGUUAUAUAAGGGCGCGCGAAAAUGCGAGCGAUAGCUGACACCUACCCACCCACAUUGUUCCGUGGGACAUCGCAUUAAAUGUUUUCCGUGUUUGACGUCGUUAUGAAAGAGUCUAUACUUCAUUUUUUAUGAGGUGAAGACAGUGGUACAGUUAUAAGUUCUUUGUAGUUGUUUGCAUGACGAUAGUAUAAUAUAAGUUUUGGUUUGUGGUAACACCACGCGUAUUUGUUAUUCGAAAGCUUUGCAAUAAUAAUAAUUAUUAUACAGCUAUUUCAAUUAAGGUUGUACCCGAGCAAAGCGGAAAAGUCGAAUACGAGCUCGAAAGACUGCUGGGAAUCGCUAUGAAAAUUCAUUAAUUUUUUAGCGAUUCCCAGCAGCCUUUCGCGCUGGUAUUCGACUUUUUCCGAUUUUCUCGUGGACAACCUUAAUUGAAAUAGCUGUAUACACAUUACACAAGGUCUGGAUAUGAAGUAUUCUGCAAUCUAAUUGCAUGGUUCUCUACUAGCAGGAUAUUAGCUCAUAUCGGAUCCUGCUAGUAGAGAAAAACAAAAUGGCGGCUCAAACUGAAUUUCCGACAUUUUGCGAACGAGAAAACGGCAAGUUGUUCGCUUUUUAUAGCCUUUAAGCCUUUACAGGAUUAAAAACACAACGAAAAAACUCCCACAAAUUGUUUACAGGUUAGCAAAUGAAUGUUUAAAAUUUAAAAUGGUUAAAAAUAUAUAUUUUUGAAAAAAUACUUGGCCGAAAGAGCGAAGAUAAGAACAUAAACAAAGUAGAAAAAUAUUGAAAAUAUCCGAAAAGCAAAGUCUGUGAAUUCAGACCUUGUGUAUAUAAUAAAACAGUUAUUCCACUUACUCUCGUCGAAUAUGAGCGAUAGCCGAUUCGGCGCUACGCGCCUCAUCGGCUAUCAGCUCAUACUGGACUUGAGUUCGUAGAAUAACUGUUAAAUAUAUACGUUGUGUUUCCACAAAACAAAACGUACAUUAUAUUAAUUUAAACCUGUUUUAUCAACUCCCCAGGGAACGGUUGUUCAAUGCUGGAUUAAAGCCAACCCUCGGUUAAAAUCUAACCAGCUGUUUUAGUUUAUGUAUUUCUGCACGUUUAUUUCAAAACGUCGGAGAAGAAAACUCCUACUGGCUACUAAUCCAGGCAAUAUUUCUGAAGAAAUAUUUCCAAAUUCAUAAACAAGCUUUCAGGAAGUUUGCUUUAAAUUUUACGUUAACCUAGGGUUAAGCUAGUCGUCUUUUGAACGACCGGCCCCAUGCAAGGAAAAAGAAUGUAAUGUUCCCAUUGAACAUACUGUAGCAGAAACAUUGCGAAAUGUUGUUUGUUUCAUUGCAAAAGCGUUUCAGCUGUUUUCUUCUGUAUACAGCCACAGAAUUUUUAUCAAACCAUUCACUUGGAAAGGAAUCGAACGGAUGUUUUCCACCUGCAGCAAAACGACGAAAAAGGGUAACAAAAUGUAGAAUAAUGUAUGAGCUGCAUUAAAAUAAUUGCAAGCAACUCAACAGCCAAGGCAUUGAUAAGGACUGAUUAAAAUAACCAACCGUUUAUAGAAUCACUUGAAUAACGGUACCAAUAUUCUAACUUGUCCAAACUAUGGAAAUUACUGUGUAUUAAAGGCAUUUCAACGAGAAUGCCUACCUAUCUUCUUUAGAACUUGUUGUAACUAUAAAGACCUCGUUUCAUGCAAGAAUUAGUAAAAAUGAGACAGGAACCAGGCCUGACACGGAGUGGGGAAUACUGUUUUGGGAAUACUGCUGGAGGGUUUUUCGUCCUUUUGUCCCAAAACGUCAAAAAGAUUAGGUUAGCCUAACUAUUUAUCGCAGCUCUGAUGUUGUAUGAAAUUACACCCGAUAUUUUAUGAAGAAUUAUAUGCUUAACCUUUGUUGCAGGAAAGUAUCAUUGAUGCAUCGGAGGACUCGCAGUUAGAAGCUGCUAUCGCUGCCUCGUUAAAGGAAACUUCUACUGAAGCGCCACCUAAUAGCCUACGAGAUAAGGAAUACCUUGAUACUCCUGAUGAGGAUAGUUUGACCGAGUUUACAGAUUCUGAAACUGAAUCAGAAAAACCUCCUAAAGAUACUUUGGGAAAUGAUUCCGUUAAAAAUGACAAUAGAACUAAAACAGUAAAGUGGGAGAAAAAUGAGAGUAAACAGAAGGAGAAAAGUGUUGAUGAUGGUACUUGCCUUAAAAAAAACGAAACUUCUCAAACAAAGGAUGUUAAAAGACAAGAUGACGACGUGGAUGGUAAAGAUUCUGAAGGAGACGAUGAUAAUACACUUGAUCCAGGUGAGUUAAGUCAGCCUGCAUGCACGUUUCAAUUGUAUUGUAAUAAUUAUAUAACAACAUUAGUUUUUGUAACUAUAUAUAUUACGCUAAAAGAUGUCUGUCCUGUCAUUGCAUAGAACAGGCCUAGGAGUAGAUAAUUUACUGAAUGAUUACCUUAUGUAGAUUGUGUCAAAGCAUACAUAAUGUUGAGAUAUCCUAAUGGAAAACGAAAACAGAAGACAUUUCCUUCUGAAGCAGCUAUACUGGUAAGUAAUAUAAAUCUCACUUUUUAUUUUGCCCUGGUGUUGUAGUAAGGAGCCUGUGUAGCUUAUCUCGUAUAUAAGUCCACCUCACACCGGAGAGAGCAACUCUAGUUUCAAUAUAGACAACUCUACCGGAUAUGAGCUAUCUUGCAAUCUCUACUAUAGCAGGAUAUUCGUAUAUAAGUCGCCUGAUGACAUUAUUUUAAAGUUUUUUUAAAUGUUCUACUAUUUUAUUUAUUUCUAAGAGUUGAUUGACGUGUCGAAAUCUAAAAAGUAUUUUUAAUAAACAAAAAUUUUAAAUGAAAUUGACAAUUCCAGCUUUUAGUUUAUGCGUGCAGGGCAGAGUGCAGGGGGAGAUGGGAAGUAAGGUAUCAUAUUGCUGAUUAUGCUGAAAAAAAUAAAAAUGGCGGCCGUGUAAACAGGGAGUGAUAGCUUAUACUUGUAACUAUUGAAAUAUUUCGGUUGUUUCGGCAGUUUUUAUUGACAUUUUUCAGCAUAAUCAGCAAUAUACCUUACUUCCCGUCACCCCAAUGAUUUGUUUCACCGCGUAUACCUGUUGGUAAGCUUCAUUCAUAUGCUGAUGAUCGCCAAAUAUAUGAUUCACAUAAGGAACCUAAGGAACUUGAUUGAACAUCAUGUCACAUUGGUUUGAUAUUAAUGGUAUGAUUUGUAAUCUUACUAAACAUCAAGCAAUGGUCCUUGGCAACAAAUUGCACUAUGAAUUUUCUUUCCCAACAAAGCUAGAACUCACUGGAUUUCGUUGGUAUGACAAUUGAUCAAGAUCUUAACUUUGAUAAACAUAUUACUAAACAUAUUACUAAGAAAGUUGAUGAUCAAUUUAACGUAAUGAAGAGAUUCAGCAACCUUGUUUCCAGACAUACAAUGUUGAUAUUAUAUAGGGGUUAUAUAGUCCCACGUUUUAGCAACUGUGUAGCUGUUUGGCACUUGUGGUGCAAGAAAUUCAAACAAAUGGGAAGAUCUUAGUAAUAUGCUAACAACUUGUUAAAAAUGCAUCCAUUGUAAAAGAUAUCCACAGUAUUUGAAACAAAUGUUAAAUAGACGAAGUGUAUGACUACUCACUACGUGGGUCGGAUAUUCUGAACUUAACAAAAGUUAUGACCACAAAGCAUGGACUUCAUUCUUUUCGAUAUGAAGUAGUUAAACGAUGGAAUGGUUUGCCAGAAAGUUGCAGGGUUCAAGAUACUCAUAAUGUCAAUAUCUGACAUAAACUUUGAAAGUUAAUUUAUAUUUAUUAGAAACACCAAUUAAUAUUAUAUUUAGUUUUAGUAUAUGUAUAUAUAUUCUAUAUAUUCGAAGGUAUUAGCUUAUUGUAGCUAUCGUAAAUUCGAAUUCAAAUAAAUUGUAUUGUAUUGUAUUGUAUUGUCACCUCCUGCACGCAUUAAUUAAAUGUUGGAAUUCACCCUCUCCCUCCGUCAUUUUUCUGCGAGAUGCAUCCUCGGUCCCAGGGCCUCACGGCUGAGAGAUGUAAAACUGAAAAAUACAAGUAGAACUUCGACGUUUCGAGCGAAGACUCUUGGUCGGGACGUUAGUAUAGGGCCUCCCAACGAAGGACCUUCGCUCAAGACGUCGAAGCUCUACUUGUAUUUUUCAGGUAGUUGUGUUUCUCAUCAAUCGUAUAUGCUAACCGCCCAUUGGUCAUGGCUUGGGGUGCAAACUCUUGACCAAGUGCAUAACCACUAGAGGAAGCUACGGGCAGCAUGGUUCAGGUAACCGGUCAAACACUGCCCCUGGCAGGGUCCUAGCUGGUUUCAUAAGGAAAUUGGCACACCUUCCCUCCCCCCUGCCUUUUGCCAAGGUUAGGAGGGGUAUGCACCCCCACAUAAUUGACAAUACAACACAUGCAAAUCAUUCUAGGUAUAUCAUACAGGUAGUGAAUGGGAAUUUGAACAUUCAGUUGCAUACUUCGUUCUUUAAUAUUUCAUUAAAAACUGAUAAAGUUAGUAUCAUGAGUACAUAUUAAGUGUUCCUAUGGGAGAACUUUAGUAGAGGUUUAAAUCCUUUUCUUGUUGUCUUACAGUGUACAAACUUUUUUUUCGUAGGAUCUUAUCAAAUAUGUACAAAAUCAAGGAUAUUCUAAUGAAAGAUAUGAACUUGUUACAAAUUUUCCGCGCAAGAAACUUUCGUAUAUGGACUCUGAUCUUUCAUUAAAAGACGCUGGACUCUUUCCGAGAGAAACUGUGUUUGUACAAGAAAGAUUGCAUGAAAGUUAAUCGUGAUGUUUUGUUGACAUAUUUCAAAUUGGAUCCGGGAGAGAGAAGUUAGAAUUACCGCGUUACUUGUUAGUUGUAACUAAAAAUGAUUUCAGACAAUUUUUGUUCAGUUAGUGGUUUAUCUGAUACAACACGACCGCUGUAUAUAGCUUGUGAAACGUAACGAUGUUAACGGUUGUGUUUUGUCUAAAUUAUUUAAAAAGAAGUGAUGAUUUUAACUCAGAAAAUCGAGGGAAAUGUUUAUACAAAUUAGUCGAUACCUUGUCUCCAAAGCUGUUUCUCAUGGACGUAAUAUCUUUCAUUAUCUUUUUCUUCACGUACCGUUUGUCGGUGUUUUUAUCGUUUUUUAAUCAGUUUCACUCAAACAUUUUACUUUCCCCCCUUACCAUUCAAUUCAUGUUUUGCUGACUGCGAAAACAAUUUGCCGACUGGGAUAAAAUAAUUUACAAACUUUACCCAAACUUAAAUCUCCUUAACUUCAUUGCUUCAUUCCUCAUUGCAAACUUAAAUCUCCUUAACUUCAUUGCUUCAUUCUCUGAAUGAAUGAAUGAAUAGUUUGUUUAAUAAAAACAUCAUCUGGCAGUCAGAAGACUGAAUUACAUGACGUUAAGUGUUACAAGGUUAUAAAUAGUAAAAAAUUCUAUAUUACAAUGCAAUUUAAAAAUUGUUAAUAUAUACUAUAUAUCAUAUACUUGAAUGUACUAAUCUAUAUGAGUUAAAAAUUCUAA